GAGAGAGAGAGAGAGAGAGAGAGAGGUAGACAGUGAACGGUAGAGGGAGCCCGUCAGUUCGCUGGGUCGGUGCACAGAAGCGGAUCGUCAGUGAAUCAGCGGCUUGUUGUUCAGGCCCAGCUGCAGCGUCAUCAUGACUAAAGAGGAGAACCUGGAGGUGCAGGAGAAGGAGAGACACGAUCGGGAGGAGCAGGAGGAGGGAAGGUUCCAGAAAGAGGAGGAGGAGGCUCUUACCGAAGAGGAGGAGGAAGAAGAGGAGGAAGAUGGGGAGGAGGAAUAUGAGCAGGAGGGGGAGCGUGCAGAGGUGGACGAUGAUGAGGGCGACGAGCAGGAGGAGGAACAGGAGCAAAGAGAGGAGAGGGAGCAAGAGGAGGAUCCACCGGCCAGUCAGGAGCAGGAGGCCGAGCAAGAGCCCGAGCCACUGUCGGUGUCCGAGUACCAGAGUCCAGUUCACGAGCCACGCCGCCGAGCCAUGGUGCACUCCUCCGCACAGGCACCGCUGCCCACAGACUACACCUUCACCUUCUUCGACCCGAACGACCCAGCCUGUUAUGAGAUCCUCAUGGAUCCUCAGACCUCCAUCCCAGAGCUGUUCGCCAUCGUGCGUCAGUGGGUUCCUCAAGUUCAGCACAAGAUCGACAUCAUCGGCAACGAGGUUGGAUUUCACAAAUACCUCGUCCAGUAG